AUGCCUAGAAGGGGUAGUGCUCGGCUAAACCCUAACCAACGAUCAGCACCACAACAACAACCACCAGAACCAAACCCACCAAUAAGUACAGUAGAACUUGAAGAAAUCAAAGCUCAAAGAAUUGUUGCGGCUCUAUCUAAUGUCACAAGAGGCGGAGUUAGAAAUGAAGGCCAUGUAGGGACCUCUAGAACAUGUACCUACAAAGACUUUAUGAAUUGCAGACCAAAGAGCUUUCAUGGAAAUGAAGGGUUUGUUAAUUUUACUAGGUGGAUAGAAAAGACAGAGUCCGUCUUUCAAAUAAGCUUCUGUCCAGACGACUAUAAAGUACGAUUUGCAGCCUGUACUUUCGCUAAUGCAAAACUUACAUGGUGGAACAGCCAUGUGAAUACAAUGGGAAUUGAUACUGAAAAUUCUAUGAAAUGGGAAGAGCUAAAGAUGAUGCUAGUAGAGGAGUAUUGUCCUAGGGAGGAAAUACAUAAGCUGGAACAAGCAUUGUGGACCCUAACCAUGAAGGGUUCAGAGAUAAAAGCUUAUACCGCUAGAUUUAAUGAUCUUGCAGUAAUGUGUCCAGCACUUGUAAGCCCUGAAUAUAAGAAAAUUGAACGAUGUAUCUGGGGUUUAGCAUCACAAAUUAAAGGCAUGGUAAUCGCAUCAAAGCCUACAACCUAUGAAAGCACCAAGAGAAUAGCUUAUCAGCUAACACUCACAGAUAUCCAAGGAACAAUAGUGGUCUCAAAGGUUGAGUCUCCUAAAUCUAGAAAAAACAAGCGUAAGUUUAAUGGGAAGAAUCCCAGACAAUCAUCUGAGAAAAGACAAGAAGUUGCAACCAAUUAUUCAGCCACGAUCGCAGUACCCAUACAACCAAAAUCUUCAUGGUGCAAUCAGUUCAACCGUCAUCAUCCAUGUGAUUGUUUUGUCUGCACGAAGUUCAAGAAGAAGGGACAUACUGCUAGUUACUGCAGGAGCACAACACCUACAACUGUCAAUCAGCAAACAAAUACUGCAACAAGCCAUAGUUAA